GGCUGAGAGGACGGAGCGUUCCCUGCAACAGCUGCGAGCUGCCUCUAUCCACCACAGGAGUUGGCGGAAUUGAGCCCAGUGGAGAACGACGAACAGCUGCUUUGUCACGCAUUGCCCCAGCCCCGGACCAGCAUCCUAAACGCAGAUCAACAUAUCGCUACAUUCAUGACCGGACAGGGAUUAAGUGGCGAAGGAAAGAACUUCACAGAAGAGAUCGAACGGAUUUUACGCAGGACUAUCAGGUUUUAGGUGUGCCCCUGGCGACCAUGGAUAAAGCUUUACAUAUCCUACAGAAACCGACAGACUCAACCGACAAGGUCCUCGACGGUGGAACGGGACUCGCUCUGGAUAUGAGUAUGAGGGACCGGGAAUUCACAGAACAAUCUAUUAGACUUACCGAUAAAAUCCCGUUAGUGAAGCCCUAUUUCAAAAAGAAACACGGACAGAGGAAACUGGACGCAAAAUGCCUCCGUGCACUCCAGGACCCAAUCCUAACCACAUUACUGAGUACGGAUGCUCUUGUUACCGGAGACGGGGUGUUUGUCCCCCGGAACCCACCGCCAAGGACAGCGGGGAACCUGUGCACUGCGGCGGUGGUCAAACAGACACAGAUUGGUGGGCCUGUGUGCCUGAAAGAAUCGUCAGCUACCGGUGUAACGGCUAUGAUUACCGGCGACACGGAAAUGGCGGACGACGCCGCCGAGUUGGAGGAGACAGAGAGGGGGGUAACCAAGGUGCCGGUAGAUAUCCAGCGCGUGACAAUAGACCCUAACGAGCGCAGAUUCCAACUCAAACUUCACCCCAGGGCGCGCGAUGUGGCGGCAGCACCCCCCACACCAGAUACCCCUCUAGUAACCCCUCCACGCCAGGGGGGCAACACGAUGAGUGACCUAUUUGCUUCUAAAGCCUUGCGGGGGGCAAAUUGCCUCACCAUUAAAGACAGUAGGAGCACCCCCAGUCUUCAGGCCGACAAAGGCGAGAUAUUUCAGGAUAAAAGCGAAGAGGCCUCCCUGGAUCUAGUUUUUGAGCUGCUAACCCAGCUCCAGUACCACACACACCAAGCCGAUUCGGUUUCGAUCUGCGUGGAUUUCCUGCAGGGGUUGUGUGUGUACGGGAGUGACUGUGCUUACCACCAUACUGUACUGCCCUACCACUGGCAGAUCUGCAGGAGUGAUACUCAAAGCUGGCAAAGCAUUGCGGAUGAUUCACAGGAUCAGUUGGAGAGGCUUUAUUGCAAUCCGGACAAUGAACAAGUCAGGCUCAAGUUUCAGGGUCGUGUGUUUUCGUUAGACUUCACUGCCAUGCGUGUAUGUGACCUGGAGUUCGACCGUGUCAGACGGUUGACCACACCCUCCAGCCCUGCCGCCCCGCCCCCAAACACAAUCCCCACCCCUAACUGCCACACAGUGUGGAAAUACUACUGCAGAGACAAUUUCGGCUGGAGAGAAUACUCUGAGCCGGUGGUUCGUCUGAUAGAGGAGGCUAGUGGUCGUGGUCUGAAGGAGGUCCGUUUCAUCACCCUCCAGAACCAGUACAUCCUCAACAUCAGAGAUGGCUUCCAGCAGAACGCCGUGUUCGGCUUCAGACGCCAGAUCAAGAAACGACCCCUCUUCCUCUCCUCCAUGGUCCUCACUCCACAUCUACAGACUCUUGGUGGCCUCUCCUCCUCUUUCCCCUUCUCCUCCUCCGCUGUGGAUCUGUCCAUUUCUCUCCCUCUCUCUCCCAACUUCACCAACCCUCCCAGCGUAUUCCCAGAGACCUGGUUACCCAUGACAACCAGCCAGGACUUCCUGCAGGUUCCGGUAUCCCGUGACGACCGGAGUUACCGGACUGUCUACACCCUCUUCCACAAGACAGUGUCCGAAACCAAGUUCCGCAUCCUGAAGAUCCUCCGCGUCCAGAACCCCUUCCUCUGGGAGAAAUACAAGAGGAAGAAGGAGUACAUGUCUCGUCGUCUCUCGGAGAUGGACAGGAUGCUGAGCGAGCGGCACCUGUUCCACGGCACCUCCCCUGAAGUGGUGGAGGGCAUCUGCAAACACAACUUUGACCCGCGUGUUAGUGGCAAACACGCCACCAUGUUCGGACAAGGCUCCUACUUCGCCCGCAAGGCCGUCUACUCCCACAACUUCUCCAAGCGCUCGCCUAAAGGGGUCCACUGCAUGUUCCUGGCCAAAGUCCUCACUGGCAGGUUUACAGUGGGGAACCCCUCCAUGCGGCGGCCGCCCCCACUCAGCCCCCGGGACCCCUCCAGUGACCUGUACGACUCGUGUGUAGACAACUGGGUGGACCCCCAGAUCUAUGUUAUCUUCAACGAUGACCAGAGCUACCCCUACUUUAUCAUCCAGUACGAAGAGGUUCCCAGUACUGUGGCUAUCUGACACUAGAGCAGACAGAACCAAAACCAGUUCUGUGGCUAUCUGAGAACAGAGCAGACAGAACCAAACCAGAGAUACCCCAUACUUCAUCAUCAGUAUGAGGAGUUAACCAGUACUGUCAAUAUCUGAGACCUGAGCCCAGGAACAAAACAACCGUGGCCCUGGAUAUAUUUAACGUGGGUUCUCCCAACAUCCGUCAUCCACAGCAGCUCCCAUCUGUAUUAUGUUGGUUUGAAGCCCUGGCUUAUGGGGCAGCCAUUCUGUGGCCUCUUAAACUGGACAGUAGAUGGAGUUUCAUUUGGACCCAAUGCUGUGUGAAUAGAUAUUUGCCUUGGCGUCUGCCAUUUUGGAUUCCCAUUUGGAAUUGAGCAGUGGACAGUGUCACUGACACUCAGUGCUGGAGUGACAGCAUAACGUUUCUGUUUAAAACCAAACCCCCUAAGAUCCCCAUCUCUCUCUCUAAGACCACUCUCUCUCUCUCUCUCUCUGAGGGCAGACAUGUUUGCUGAGACAAGCUGUACAUACAUUCUCCUUGUUUAUAUUUGAACUGUGUGCCUUUUGUUCAUAAAAACGUUUAUUUAUGUUAGUUAAUGUAACAUUGAGUAAAUAAAGAAUCUAAAAGAGAAAAUCA